AUGGAUUCAUUCCCACUCGACGGAUUUGAUGGAUACAAAUCCAAAACACUUAAAUGCACUAAGCAUGGCGACAUCAAGCUCGAUGUGGUCUACCCGGAAGUUCAAAGCACAUCACCGACGCCCGUAUUGCUGCACUACCAUGGUGGUUUCUUGAUUGUUGGUGACCGAUACUCUUUUCUACCUUACUGGCUUGUACACGCCUGUGUUGUUCGUAAAUGGAUAUUUGUCAGCCCAGAUUACCGUUUAAUACCAGAAACGACUGCUCAAAGCUCGCUGGAGGAUGCAGUCGACGCGUAUAACUGGGUAAUGUCCUCUCUUGGUCGAGAGAUUGAUCGCAAUAUUGGCCCAAUUUUGUUGGCAGGGUCGAGUGCUGGCGGAUAUCUCGCAAUGGCUACGGCGGCCACCGUCCAAAGCCAGCCCUGUGCCCUCUUACUGAUUUAUGGGACGCUCGAUCCCACCUAUGAACGACAUACAACGCCGGGGUCCAAUAUCUUUGGGGGACCAUUGAUCGACACUGAAACCAUUCUUGCUCGAUUUCCCAGGACCGAUGCCGAAGAUCACAGGCCACAACUGAGCGCCUAUCCCUUACCUUCUGACGUGGGCAAGGAUCAGAGAUUUCCGUUGAUUUCGGCUCUCCACAUUGAGGGACUAUUCUCUGAUUAUAUGACCGGCAUUGGAGGCCUGAGUCGUGCUAUUGUUGCGCAGGGAAACGAUUCGGCCGUCCCGGUAGAGGUGAGCUUCAGAGCUUCAGACCAGUUACGCAAAGAUGGAGUGGAGGUACACGUGGAACUUCCGGAAGAUGCCGAGCACGGAUUUGACGCAAGAGCGGGUAACGUCAACGUUGAGUCCCCCGCCGGCGAGAGUGUGAUAGCAUUCCAGAGCUUAAGGAAUGUCAUCAGCUUUCUAGACCGUGCGCUCGAUUCGAAAGCCUAG